AUGGGCCUUUCUGGCUUCCCAAUCUUUCUGUCACAGUCGAUCCCACGUGCUUUGUCCUCAUCCCCAGGCAGCCCCCUCACGGAGGAUGAGUAUAAAGUCUUUUUCUCUUCCCUGAGGCCCACAUGGAAGGCGAAUCUGGUGUGUCAGAUCCGACGUAGCAAGGGUUGCCACGAUCUUAAAAUAAUCCAGCUGGAUCAGUAUGAGAAUCAUGGCCAGAUCCCAGAGGGCCCCAUCUGUGCUGACCUUCCCGAGGUCCCACCUUUCGAGACCUUUUGUCUAUUUGCACAGUUUCGAUGUUUAAAUCAAAAGUUCUACACCAAGCGGAUCCUGUGUCGUCAUGAGCCACUUGUUGAAGAGACUGAUGUGCUCCCUUCGCCCCCAAGCGGGAGGCAUGCCACAGCCUCGAUUGAGGCCUCCUCACCAUCCCCUGACCACCGCCUUCGCUCCAACGUUGAUGCCAUUUUGAAAUACUCCUUUGCAGUCUCAGGCGAGGACCCCGUGCCCAAGAACCACUUCCCAGCUCCACACCGGAACUGGGCAGCCUUCCAAACCCCUGAGCAGCCAGACCACUCAGAUGAAAGGCAUGGCACAACCAUUGCUGAAACAUCCAUCUUAGACAUCACAAAGGUGAAAGCCAAAGCGGGGCUCACAGACCAGCAUCUCCACCAAAGUAUCGACCAUCUCAUUAACAUGGCAUUCUCAUUGGAGCAGUCCCUGAAUGCGGAGAACGCACAAGCUACCAAAGACAAAAAAGUAGAUCUGGAUGGCCAGGAAGCAGACUCAGAGGCCGGUUUCAAGGGCAGCCUCUUAGCUCUAAGCAAGGACGAAGCGCUGGUGAUUCUCUGCUAUGCAGUGCUGCAAGACAUUUGCAUAUCCUCAGCUAUUAGCAAGGCCUGGAAGCAAAUGGAGGCAAAGACCUUUGGCUACGGCGAUUCGAUAUGUGAUAACUUUGGUCGACGCCAUGCAGAUCUGUGCCCUGAGUGUGCAUUCUGCUCCCUGAAGAUAGAGCAGUGCCAAGGGGCCUCUGACCUGAAACGCAUUGACUGUGAUGACAGCAUGUUCACAAAUUACAUCAACCCUGGGAUUUUGGUCCAGCACCAGGCCAUGGAGCCCACGGUCUCCCCAGUCGUAGGGGAGUAUUAUGGGACUGAGACAUAUGGAGGCCUGAAGGCAGAGUAUUGGUGUGGUCGCUUGGCCACUCACGGUUGCGAUGAUUUUCGUGUAGCUCUCUGGUUGCAGUCAGAAUAUUCCUUCUUCCAAGGAGGGGAUUUCCCAGACAAGAUCUGUGACUCAGCAAGAGUUCAACAUCCUACUUACUGUGCAUUCAAGAGCUACCAGUGUCUGACAUACAACUUCAGUAAAAAGAAGGUGUUGCGGACUGGCUGCUUAAGCAACGAGACCUAUCAGGUGCUAAGCAGGGAGGAAGGGGAAGAGGAAGUGCUUCUCUGGAGCCAGAAAUUUGUGAGCUUCGGUGAUGGGUGAAUGCAUUGAAGAGCGCAAAGGAGUAGCGUUGACGAAGAG